AUGUCACUGAUAUCUACAGCUGUGGAUGUACCAGAUGAAAAUUCAGCUGCCUCCCCCUCCGUGAGAGCUUCUGUUUAUCAAAAGAAUGGCAAACCACUAUCCAAGGAAGCACUCUUCAGGGCUAAACUUAAAUACGGAGUCUAUCAGUCUCCAGCCAGGCAGGUGGGCACAGGGGUUUCAGACUCUAAAGUUGCUUCUGAUGUUGCUGCAACCCUUGCCAACUCCAAUCGGACAACAAUUGAGGCGUACAAAAGACUAAUGGUUGACUCUAAUGCAUCUAGAGCCGCGACGAUUGUAUCUAGCAGACCCCGCACUUCGAGUGUUAGUUCAACUACCACAGUUACGUCUGAUACAGGCUCCUUGCGCGCUGCUACCAAAGCUCUUUCAGUUAUCCCCCCUGCGCCAGCUCCACAAGUAUCGCCAGCGAAGUCCGGCGCCUUGAAUAUUUCGAAAGUUCUUGUUGGCGCAGAGGCCAAUGCAGAAAAGCGCAUAGAGAGUCGUAUGAAUCCAGAAAAGACUAACUACGUUUAUGGUAUCAAGACCGGCGAUACGGGAAAAGCGGCCGAAAAGAGCUUUACCUUGACUUCGGAGAUAAUGGGCCGUAUUACUAGUAAGGAAGAGUACAUUGCUGAGGCUGAGGCCGAAGCUGACCCAAAGAAGUAUGCCUCUCAUGCUGCUUAUGCAGUGCGUAACUUUGAUCCCAAGGCCGAAUCUGCAAAGGAGUUGGCUGAAAGAGAGAAAAAGAAGCAAGCGUAUUACGGCAUGUUAACCUCUGAGGAGGUUUUGUCUAUGGCUAAAGUCAACGCACAAGUGCGCCUGGAUGCUAUUGACAGAAUGAGAGCCGGAGAUCUGUUGUUUAAAAACGAAGAGUACAAUAAGCUAGCUGUUGCCAUUGCUCAAAAGAAUUCCACCCAGCGUUCGCAACAUUUGGGUAAAAUCAACCUUGGUGGUGGCCUGUGGCUAACUCAAGAUGAUGUUCAAAAUAUUGCCAAGGGUCUUAUCACACCUGUUCUGGAUGAAGUUGGCACGAGGGCUGGUAGUCAAAGAGCGUUGGAUGCCGACAUCAAACAGAGAAAUGUUGACUACAAGGAACAAAAUGCGGCUUGGAUCAAACUUCAAGAAGAGAAACUCACCAAUGACAAAAUUUGGUCCAGAGAAACCAGAUUAAGACAUAAGCGUGAAACAGAAGGUUUGCAUACCAGAACGGAAGCUAAAUACAAAGAUCUUUGUUCUACCAAGGAUGCAGAGCUGGCCGCUAUGCAGCAGACUUUGGCAGAAACACAGAAGUCCUACGAAAGUUUGAAGGUUGAAAUGGAUCAAAACUUGGAAGAGGAAGCAGCAAGGGUGAAGAAUGAACUGGCUACCUUGAAAGAAGCUUUGAAAGUUGACAUGGCGUCCACUCUUGCAGAACAGGAGGCAGAAUUGAAACCAUAUUCCGAUGACGUUAAAGCUGCCGAGGCUGAGCAUGAAAGAUUGGUAAAAGAGCGUGAAUCAAUUGAUGCGGAAAUUAAGGAUUUACGUACUUCCAUCGAGGAGCACAAAGCCAAGAUUGAACAGUUGACUAAGGAUAUCGAAGAUGCAGAAGUAAAACAUGGUGACGAAGAUAAUAAACUUCAAGAAUUGUCCGCCACUAAAGAAGAGUCUGAGGACAAGGUGGAAAAUCAUUUCCGUGUACUUGCAGAAAAGGCAAAGGAGCAGGCUGCAUUGUCUUCUGAAGAAGCCCGCGUGAAGCAGCUUGAAGUUGAUGCAAUGAUUAAUGAGCGUCAAAACGAGUUCAAUGCUACUGACUUGCAACUAAAGAAAGAAAAACUCGCUUUGUUGGAAUCCAUGAAGGAUGUAGCGCAGAUCAAGGGCGAUGAGAAAUUAGAUGAGUCCAAACUAAAGGCUUUAAUUGGCAUGACGUCUGAUGAGUUUAUCGCGCAACAAAAGGAAGAAGAGGAAAAACUAGCCAAAUCCAAACUUGCUUCGGCAUCCACUAAAUCCAUAAAGGACCAAUCCGGUGUAAUUUCGUCUUCUGCUGCGAAUGAGGACAAUGAUGAAGUUAAUUCAAUUUCGGAAGAACCUACUUCUGCCAACGCGGUUUCUUCAAAGGCUGCGAAGACGUCAACAACGCCGGAUGGCCCGAAAAAGUAUAGCAUGGUUGACGCUGUUCUGCCAGACGAUUUUAAGCCAUUGAAACCGGUCACGAAGAAUACCAAGGAAACUAAACAGACAACGGCGUCUCCCGAGAAGAAACCCACUCAAAAGAAGAAAUUCUUCAGCUUUGGUCAAAAAAAGUCGAGCCCUUCGGAAGCUUCUCCCACCUCACCAACACCUGCUAAAGAGGUAGCUGCUGACAAAAAAGAUAGUUCCAAAGGCAAUGCUUCAAACAGUGAAGUGAGCAAACCCAAGGAGGCUGAGAAAAAAACAGUAGACAAGAAAGUAGUCGUCAAGGAACCCUCAGUUGAGCCAAAGGCAGAUGAUGGUUCUAAAGACUUGGACGACGCAAAGCCUGCUAAGCCUGAAGUUACCUCGACUGAAUCUCCUUCGGCGAAGGAGGAUGCUGCGACUUCCAGUUCUGCAGCAAACAAAACAGUUACUAAGCAAGAGACUGAAAAUGAGCUUGAGCACACUUUCAGCGGCUUUUCUCAGGAACCUGCUCCAGAAAAGACGAAAGCUACGCCAGUGGAGCCAUCUGAAGAAGACGAUGACCUUAUUGAAUCUAGUGAAGCUGGUGAAGGUGAGCUAGACAGUGACAAGAAGGUGGGUAGUCUCUUCAAAGAAGUAUUUUAA